AUGUGGUGCAGUCACCUCUCGAACAAGACCGCCGAGGACCGCGUGCUCGAGUACGGCGCCGAGCUGUUCCGCAGCAGCGGCGAGCUGCUGCUCUGCCAGUUCUGCGACAAGCCGGUCGACCCACGCCGGCGCAGCUCGAUCGAGUAUCACCUGAAGAGCUUCUCGCACCAGCGCAAGUGGCGGCCGAUGGAGGUGGUGCCGAUCCUGCACGCCAGUCGGCCCGCCUACCAGGUGGCGCAGGUGCCGGCGCGGCGCCGGCGGCGUGGUCGACGGCGCCCCGUCGCCGUCGACUCGGCCGACCCGCGCGGUCGCAGUCACCUCUCGAACAAGACCGCCGAGGACCGCGUGCUCGAGUACGGCGCCGAGCUGUUCCGCAGCAGCGGCGAGCUGCUGCUCUGCCAGUUCUGCGACAAGCCGGUCGACCCACGCCGGCGCAGCUCGAUCGAGUAUCACCUGAAGAGCUUCUCGCACCAGCGCAAGGUGCGCUCGCUGACGGGCGAGGCGGGCAGCCCGGGCAGCGGGUCGGACAGUCCGGCGGCCGGCGACGAGCCGCAGCCGCUGCUGCUGGAGCCGGGCGCAGCGAUGAAGCUGGACCCGACGUCGACCGACUCACCGCUGCGUCAUCCCGACUGGGGCGCCCUCUUCAACGGACACGGCCCGGCCGCGCUCAGCCAGAUGUCGCUGCUGAUGGCCGAGGGCGUGGCGUCGUCUCUGUGUGAAGCUCAGCUUGCGGAGGGGCGCAGCAGCCCAGUUGUCAACGGCAGCACCGACAGCGAGCGCCACUGCUGCUGUCACUGCGCAUGCGCGCAACGCCAGGGAAACACGUUUCCGAACGAAUUGGUACUGAAAGUGCGGGUGGCCGACUCUCCUAGCCGCCAUUUUGUUCUGGUCGACCUGCCGACCAGUGACCUGACCUGGCUGCGCCUGCUGUCAGUCAGCUGUGCAGCCCUCGGCGUCCCUGUCAAGAUGGUGAAGGAGGUCCUAAAGCUGCCGAACACGUUACUAGUCCGGGACAAGGAUGUCCGGCGGCUGCUGGAUUACCAAGAGCUGGAGCUCAUCAUGCACAACGGCUGAAAAGCAAGGCACGCAAUCUAAGCAAACGCUUCCCGCGCAGCCCGGGUUUGCGCAAUGUGACGCCACUUAGUGGGACACGCUAAAGCUCUUAUGUGGAGCCUAUAGGGCAGCUGACGCACGGCGCGUUCGCUCGGCGGUGUUGUACGUGCGUCAAGUACACGAGCGGCGUGGACGAAGCGGCUCCGAUCCGCGGACCACAGCUCUUGCAGGCCACCAGCGAGGCCUCGGGCCAGGGCGAGCCGCGCCGCCCGCCGCUCAGCCAUCGCACCUUCUCGCACGUUAGAGUUGCAGUGGCUUAAACGUUGUUCGCUUCACGAGGACACGCGGCCGCGCUUUACUACUUACAUUCAGGUCACGCGCGUCGACCCCGCGCGGCGCGGCGGCGGGUCGGUCUGCGGUGGGCAUAGUGUCGCCGCCUCUGUCAGUCCGCCCCUCUCGCAGCCAGCCCGCGUCGGCCGGGCCUCGCCCCGGCAGCCGCGCCGCCGCCGCAGGGCCGCUCCGUGACGCGUGGCGACGCCGCCGGGCGUCGCCGUGACGGGCACCGCCUCAGGGCCGCGGGACGUGACACUGCGCGCGGGGCGUCACGCUCCACUAGUCAGCUGGCGCCAGGCUAGUCGUGAACGGCUCGUGCGUACCGGCCGCCGUAGAUGUGAUGUGCGCUUUCCAGCACUGUGCGUGCGGAGUCUUAGAGUGUGGUCGUCCGUGUCCCUGCCAUUUUAUUUGUGUGACCGCGUGGAGCGCGCUGGCCGCCUGCGCUGGUGAUUCGCCGGUUCGCGGCCAGCCAUUGUCAGGCUUCAACUCUCUCGCAAUAGACGUAUCGAACGCUACUGGA